AGCAGCGCGUGCUGCCACUCCGACGCCUUCCUCGGCGCCUGCCCCGACCCCCGCACUCCCCUCCCCUUCCGCUUCCCCCAGAUUCCCAAUCCCCCCCAAACCCCGCACCCAAAAUUCGAAUCCCGCGCCUCCCCCUCGCCCGCCGCCGCCGAUGCCCUCCUCCAAGCGCCCCUCGCCGCGCGCGUCCGCCGAGAUGGAGGACGACGCGUCCGCCGACGCCGACGCCGGCCUCCGCGCCUCCCCGCCCCGCCCCAGCAAGCGCUCCAAGUCCCGCUCCCGCUCCGGCGACCGCCGCCGCUCGCCCAACCCUAACCCUAGGCCCCGCGCCGACUACUACGGCUCGGCGCCCUCCCGCAAGAGCGAGCGCAAGCGCAAGCCCCGCUCCUUCCCGGACUCCGCCUUGCUCUCCCAGGCCAUCGCGCCCGCCUCUUCCUCGGGCGGCGGCGGCGGCGGGCUCGGCCUCGGCGGCCACGGGGCCGCCCAGAAGCUCUGGACCGACGCCGACGAGAUCGCGCUGCUCAACGGCGCCAUCUCCUUCCGGGCGCGCCACGGCAUCGCGCCGCGCCUCCCCGACGUGGAGGGGCUCUACGAGUCCCUCAGGGACUCCCUCUCGUCGCACAUCAACCAGGCCAAGGUCUACUACAAGCUCAAGCGCCUCAAGAGCAAGUUCUGCAACACGGCGCUGCCGCCCACCAGCACCCCGCACGAGCGCCGGGUGCGCGCCCUCUCUGCUGACCUCUGGGGCACCGAGGUCGCGCCUUCAGCAGAGGAUCUCCCAGAAGCAGAAGAGCCCGAGGAGGAGGACGCAGAUGACGAAUAUACUGGCGCGGAUGUGCCUUUGGCGGUGUCGGUGAGGCUGCCCUUGGUCAGCGAGCUGCUAGGUGAGUACUGGAGGAGGAACGGGCGUGCCAUGUCAGGAGUGUCACUGGAGAAGGGUUUGGGGUUGCUUGGUGCAGAGGAGGGCAAUGUAGCCGAGACUAGAUGGAGGAGGCAGCUUGAUGCCGAGAUGCGCACACAAUUGCGCCGACAUGAUUUGGCAAAGGAGGUCUUCAGCUUGCUCAGCGACACCAUCAAAGGCCUAGGGCCUUAGCCCGGGAUGGCGUUGGGUGGAGUAUAUAGCUGGAUACGCUCAUAGGUACAAUGUCUAUUCUGUAGGCUGAUCAACCAUCCGGUACCUGGUUGCUGACCACAAGGCCCUAACAGGGUGUCUAUGGUGUCGGUUCACGCCAAAUCAAGUGGGAACUAGUUAAUGCUUUUGCAAGACACCCAGGUUGGGAGACACUUAUUUUGCUAAUCCGCUCGCCUCAUGUCCUAGAUAUAUAUGCUAAGGAAUCCUGGUCCACGACAAUGACACCUUUUGUAUCGAUGUCUGUCUGUAAAAUUGUAAAUCAUUUGCUAACUACUGCUACGAUGGUAGAUGUGUUUGGGGGUGCAAGGAUGUGGCUUAUCGGUA